GCUUUUCGCUAUCUCUGGAAAAAAUGCCAAAAAAAUUUCAAUUCAUUGUUUGACACUUGUCAGAAGUAAAAAUUAAAAUUUGAAAGAGCCAAAACAAAUUGCAAUUAAGCAAAAUAUUAAUUUUCGUUGAAAUUACGCACGAGUACACGCACACACACCGCAUUCAAUGACUUCGCUAAUAAAACGCGUUAUUCCCACAUUGGAUCGCAUUUUGGUGCGACGCGCAGAGGCAGCUAACGUCACCAAAGGUGGCAUCGUUCUCACCGAGAAGGGUGUGGAACGUAUGGUGGAGGGUACUGUUGUGGCCGUCGGUCCCGGUUCGCGUAACCCACAGAGCGGCAAUUACAUACCGAUUGGCGUGAAGGAGGGUGAUCGUGUGCUGCUGCCAAAAUAUGGUGGCACACGCGUCGACAUGGAGGACCAGAAAGAGUAUGUGCUCUAUCGCGAGGCGGAUAUUUUGGCUAAAUUGGAGUAGUCAACCUUUAGCUGGGGCACGGCAGUUGAGCAACGGGAGAAUAUUUGUAAAGCAAAUUGAUGAGCGAUUUUAAUUAACUUUAAUUUAUGGAAUAAAAUAAAUUUCUUUGUUCAUAUGAAGUGAAA